AUGAAAAUCUUGAUAAUCCUGAUAAUUCUCUUGGCUUUAGUCAUCAAUCUAUCUGCCACACUAGUAGAAGAUGAGGAAAAAGAUGCUUUUCCUACUUAUGGGUCGUUAAGAGGAGCUAAUCGGUUCCUUGCACAACAAUUGAGGGGCCUGUUGAAAUGCAACAAGAAUCCACGACUCUGCAGGGUGAAAGGAAGCGUAGGUCCAGAUUGUUGCAAGAAGAAAUGUGUAAAUGUUAAGACUGAUAAACAAAAUUGUGGACUUUGUGGGAAGAAAUGCAAGAACCAAGAAAUAUGUUGCAAGGGAAAAUGCGUGAACCCCCUGGCAGACAAGCGUAAUUGUGGAGGAUGCAACAAUAGAUGCAAGAAAGGGAAUUCUUGCGUAUAUGGUAUGUGUAGUUAUGCAUAA